UGACACUGCUUUUUUGUUUCAUCACCACAGAAUAUAUACAAAAAUGCGGUAUUUAAAAUAUUUAAGUAUAUUUCUCCUAAUAUGCCAAGUGAGAUUAGGUGGAGUUGAGACUCGAUCAACCAUAACUCGAAUAUCGAAUGAGCAGUUGGAAGAUCAAAAGGAAUUGCCAGAAACAGAAAGUGAUGACAGAGGUGAUUCUGUUCUUUAUUCUGUGAACAGAAGAACUUCGGAAGAUGUUAAAUCAGGAUGGAAUUUUCCCCCUGAUCACGAAAAAGUAGCUGGACAUUACGCAUACGAUGUUUCGGAAAAGCUUAAUCCUGACAAUCACGGCGGUGAAAAUAAUGAUGAUACAAAUGUGGAUGACAUUGAUAGCGGCAACGAUGUUAAAAACGAGGGUGCUGAUAACAAUGUGUUAGACGACAGUGGCGACAGCAGUGUAGAUGACAUUGGUGACGAUAAUGAAGAUGGCAGUAGCGACGACAGUGGUGGCGGCAAUGUAGAUGGCAGUGGAGAUGACAGUGAUAACGGCAGUGGAGAUGGCAGCGGUGACGACAAUGGUGACGGCAGUGGCGACGACGGUGGUGACGGCAGUGGUGACGGUAGUGGAAUUGACAGCGGUGAUGACAGUGGAGAUGACAGUGGUGACGGCAGUGGUGACAGUAGUGGUGACGACAAUGGUGACGACAGUGGUGACGGUGGUGGAGAUGACAGCGGUGAUGACAGUGGAGAUGAUAGUGGUGACGGCAGUGGUGACGACAGUAGUGAUGGCAGUGGAGAUGACAGUGAUGACGGCAACGGUGACGAUAGCGGUGACGGCAGUGGAAAUGACAGUGGUGAUGACAGUGGUGACGGCAGUGGUGAUGACGGUGGUGACGGCAGUGGUGAUGAUAGUGGAGAUGACAGUGGUGACGACAGUGUUGACGGUAGUGGUGAUGACAGUGGUGAUAGCAGUGGUGAUGGCUCUGGAGAUGGCAGUGGAGACGACAGUGGUGAUGGCAGUGGUGGCGGCAGUGGAGAUGACAGUGGUGACAGUAGUGGUGAUGACAGUGGUGAUAGCAGUGGUGACGACAGUGAUGAUGGCAGUGGAGAUGGCAGUGGUGAUGGCAGUGGAGAUGGCAGUGGUAACGGCAGUGGUGACGACAGUGAAGCCUUUCAAGUGGAUUAG